AUCAGCUGCUUGCAAUGAAGGUCCCUGCUGCGCUCACGCUUGGUGUCCUUGUGCUGCUGCUUGCCUUGGUGCAGAGGAGUGAUGGGGAGUGUAAAGAGGCGCUGGUGAAGUCUGAGAUGAACAUGGACAUGCAGUAUCAGCUUCCCAACUUCACCGCAGAAACACCCAUCCAGCACGUCGUUCUGCACAGGCAUCACAUUUACCUGGGGGCCACUAACUACCUCUACGUUCUAAAUGACAAAGACCUGCGGAAGGUAGCUGAGUACAAGACUGGACCUGUGCUGGAACACCCAGAUUGCCCUCCUUGUCAGGACUGCAGCCGCAAAGCCAACUUACCGGGAGCCAUGUGGAGAGAUAACAUCAACAUGGCUCUGCUUGUUGACACAUACUACGAUGACCAGCUCAUUAGUUGUGGCAGUGUCAACAGAGGGACCUGCCAGCGACUCCUCCUCCCACCUGGUGACACCGGGGACACACAGUCGAAGUUCCAUUGCAUGUUCUCCCCACAGGCGGACGAAGAGACCGGCCAGUGUCCUGACUGCGUGGUGAGUGCGCUGGGAGCCAGAGUCCUCCUGUCUGAGAAGAAUCGGUUUGUCAACUUCUUUGUGGGCAAUACCUUACAUUCUUCCUACGUGCCAGAUCACUCACUGCAUUCGAUAUCAGUGAGAAGGCUGAAGGAAACACAAGACGGCUUUAAGUUUUUGACAGAUCAGUCUUACAUUGAUGUUCUGCCUGAGUUCCGAGAUUCUUACCCCAUUAAGUAUGUCCAUGCCUUUGAAAGCAGCCAUUUCAUUUACUUUCUAACAGUCCAGAAGGAGACUCUAGAUGCUCAGACUUUUCACACAAGAAUAAUCAGGUUCUGUUCCGUGGACUCCGGGUUGCAUUCUUACAUGGAAAUGCCUCUGGAGUGCAUUCUCACGGAAAAGAGAAGAAAAAGAUCCGCAGGGCAGGAAGUGUUUAAUAUCCUUCAGGCUGCAUAUGUUGGUAAGCCUGGGGCCCACCUCGCCAAGCAAAUCAGAGUCAGUGUGAAUGACGACAUUCUGUACGGGGUGUUUGCGCAAAGCAAGCCAGACUCUGCUGAACCAAUGGAUGGAUCUGCUGUCUGUGCAUUCCCUGUCAAGUAUGUCAACGAAUUCUUCAACAAGAUCGUCAACAAAAACAACGUGAAAUGUCUCCAGCAUUUCUAUGGACCAAACCACGAGUACUGCUUUAACAGGACACUUGUGAGAAAUUCAUCAGGCUGUGAAGUACGCAGUGAUGAGUAUCGAACAGAGUUUACCACAGCUUUGCAGCGUGUUGACUUAUUCUCGGGCCAGUUCAAACAGGUGCUACUGACAUCUAUAUCUACCUUCGUUCAAGGAGACCUCACCGUUGCUAAUCUUGGGACAUCAGAGGGUCGUUUCAUGCAGGUUGUGGUUUCUCGAACAGUAUCGUCCACCCCUCAUGUGAAUUUUCGCCUGGAUUCCCAACCUGUGUCUCCAGAAGUGAUUGUGGGACAGCCACUAAACAACAAUGGCUACACUCUGGCUAUCACUGGGAAGAAGAUCACGAAGAUCCCAUUGACUGGCUUGGGCUGUGGACAUUUCCAGUCCUGUAGUCAGUGUGUCUCUGCCCCACCUUUCAUGCAGUGUGGCUGGUGCCACGAUCAAUGUGUACGAUCAGACGAGUGCCGCAGCGGGACGUGGACGCAAGAGAUCUGCUUGCCUGCAGUCUACAAGGUUUCCCCAACUAGCGCACCCAUUGAAGGUGGGACAACGUUGACCAUCUGUGGCUGGGACUUUGGAUUCAGGAAGAAUAAUAAAUUUGAUUUCAAGAAAACCAAAGUUUUCCUUGGAAAUGAGAGCUGCACCUUGAUCUUAAGGGAGAGCACAAUGAAUAUGUUGAAAUGCACAGUUGGUCCUGCAGUGAAUGAGUGUUUCAGUGUGUCCAUAAUAAUUUCAAACAGUCGUGGAACAGCACAAUACAGUACAUUUUCUUAUGUAGAUCCUAUAAUAACAAGUAUUUCUCCAAGUUAUGGUCCUAAGGCUGGGGGCACUUUACUUACCUUAACUGGAAAGAACCUGGACAGUGGAAAUUCUAGACACAUUUCAAUUGGUGGAAAAACAUGCACUUUAGAAAGUGUGUCAAGCCAUACUCUCACAUGUUACACACCAGCCCACCCCGUGUCAGCUGAGUUUCCUGUUAAGUUGAAAAUCGACUUAGCCGACCGAGAGACUGGCAGCUUCAGUUACCAGGACGACCCCAUUGUCUAUGAAAUUCACCCGACCAAAUCCUUUAUCAGUGGUGGAAGCACAAUAACAGGUGUUGGAAAAAACCUGGAUUCAGUCAGCAUGCCAAGGCUGGUGAUAAACGUGCAGGAAGCUGGAAAGACCUACACCGUGGCAUGCCAGCAUCGCUCUAACUCAGAGAUCGUCUGCUGUGCCACGCCUUCCCUGCAGCAGCUGAACAUGAAGCUCCCCCUGAAGACCAAAGCCUUCUUCAUGUUGGAUGGGAUCCUUUCCAAGUCCUUUGAUCUCAUUUAUGUGCAUGAUCCCAGCUUUAAGCAUUUUGAAAAGCCAGUGAUGGUCUCCAUGGGCAAUGCGAAUGUACUGGAAAUUAAGGGAGAUGACAUUGACCCUGAAGCAGUCAAAGGUGAUGUGUUAAAAGUUGGAAAUCAGAGCUGUGAGAAUGUGGAGCCUCAGGCUGAGGCUGUUUUGUGUACGGUCCCCAAUGACCUGCUGCAGCUGAACAGCGAGCUAAAUAUAGAGUGGAAGCAAGCAAUCUCUUCAACUGUGCUUGGAAAAGUAAUAGUUCGGCAGAAUCGGAAUUUCACAGUAUUGAUUGUUAGCGUUGUCUCGAUAUAUGUGAUGCUUUUAACGUCACUUGGGCUUUUCCUGUGGCUGAAAAAGAGAAAGCGAAUGGCAGAUCUGGGCAAUGACGUCGUUCGCUACGACGGGAGAGUCCACACCCCUCAUCUGGAUAGACUUGUCAGUGCCCGAAGUGCGAACACAGCUACAGAAAUGGUUUCAAAUGAGUCUGUGGACUACCGAGCUACUUUCUCAGAAGACAGUGAUUACCGUGACUAUGGGUACCCCACAGACUUUUCUGGAAGCGAUUUUGAGAUUCACUGGCCAGACGAGUUCCCUAACUCCUCUCAGAAUGGAUCGUGCGGACAAGGGCCUCUGACGGACCUGUCCCCCACCCCAAAUAGUGGAGACUCGGAUGUAUCCAGCCCAUUGCUGCAAAAUACGGUCCACAUCGACCUCAGCGCUCUGAAUCCAGAGCUGGUCCAAGCUGUCCAGCAUGUAGUGAUUGGGCCCAGCGACCUGGUUGUGCAUUUCCGUGAAGUCAUAGGAAGAGGACACUUCGGCUGCGUCUACCACGGCACUCUGCUGGACGAUGAUGGCGGGAGGACCCACUGUGCUGUGAAGUCCUUGAACAGAAUCACGGACAUAGGAGAAGUUUCCCAGUUUCUGACCGAGGGCAUCAUCAUGAAGGAUUUCCGCCAUCCCAAUGUGCUCUCGCUCUUGGGCAUCUGCCUUCGCAGUGAGGGGUCGCCGCUGGUGGUCCUGCCGUACAUGCAGCACGGAGACCUUCGCAAUUUCUUGCGGAACGAGACUCACAACCCGACUGUGAAAGAUCUGAUCGGCUUUGGUCUUCAAGUAGCCAGGGGCAUGAAAUACCUCGCCAGCAAAAAGUUUGUCCACAGAGAUUUGGCGGCCAGAAACUGUAUGUUGGAUGAAAACUUCACUGUGAAGGUCGCGGACUUCGGCCUUGCCAGAGACGUGUAUGACAAAGAGUACUACAGUGUACACAACAAGGCGGGGGCAAAGCUGCCGGUGAAGUGGAUGGCGCUGGAAAGCCUGCAGACGCAGAAGUUCACCACCAAAUCAGAUGUGUGGUCCUUCGGCGUGCUCCUGUGGGAGCUGAUGACACGAGGCACGCCCCCUUACCCUGAUGUGAACGUCUUCGAUAUCUUGGUUUACCUGUUGCAGGGCAGAAGGCUCUUCCAACCUGAAUACUGCCCAGACUCUCUGUAUGAAGUGAUGCUAAGUUGCUGGCACCCCAAUGCUGAAAUGCGCCCAUCCUUCUCCGAGCUGGUCUCCAGGAUAUCAGCCAUCUUUUCCACUUUCGCCGGGGAGCACUACGCCAAUAUGAAUGCUGCUUACGUCAAUGUAAAAUGUGUCGUUCCACAUCCUUCUCUGCGUCGUCACCGGAAAACAUGGGUGCUGACGUGGGGACUUGAUGAGUGGGCACCCACCUGCCCUGUCCAAGAAGGGUCGUAGGGCUCGCCCAAACCACAGUCCGCAUUUCCUACCAGUUUCACUGCCUGGCCUGCAAAAGGCCAUCAGACACCUUUUGCUUGUCAAAAUUACACCAGUCCCGGACUUCGUAUUGUUACGUAACUCACUGGAUUCUACAGAAUUUGUCCUCUGACAGAAACAUGAGAACCACAGACUUGUUUCCACAGGCCAGGGACCAUGGCAACCCUGCAGCUAGGACAGCACUCCUGAAACACUGGAGUCCACAACCGAAGUCUGAGUUGAAAGUUUUAAACUCAGAGUCCCACUUGCUCUCUUACGAGGAACUGAUACAACGAAUUUUCAGGGCUCCUCACUGGAAAUUCCGAAGAGAUGGUCUUGUCCGGGACAGGCACGGGAGUCCCCGGACCAGGCCACUCACCCAGAAUUCCAGUUUUCGGAUCUCUUUUCCAUGCUGUGUGGUCACAAACAUUUUUCAUUACCAGUGUCAUUUGCCCAUAGGCAGACAUUCCCUCUUACGUUGUCACAUACAUAUUCCUUGGGUUGGGAAAUACCCACAGGCAAUACAGUCAAGUUUCAAAAUAGCAUGACACAAGAUGUGUUUACAGGUUAGCUGGGAUAGUUAUAUAUUGUAUUAGAGGACGUUAAGAAAUUUUCAUAAAAUAGCUUAGUUACAAAACGUUGGUCAUUUUAAAACCAACUAUUUGAGAACGAUACUGUUCUGAUGUAAUAAGUGUGGACGUUUAGAAAUUUUUUCUGUCUUUUUACGACAGCUCUGAAAAUAGACAAGUUAUUUGUGAUAAUGAAUAUUUUUGAAGGUAAGUCAGUAUGUUUUUAAGGCAUAAUACAGCUGACCAAACAGUCCAUGGCUUCCACUCACGGCUAAGUUAAGUAUGCAGAACAAAGAGAAGCCCCGUGGGCUGGAAGUAUUAACCUCUCUCAGGUGGCAGCUUCCCACUUCACAAAUGAUUGGGGAAAACUUCUGGGGAGUCCAGUUUUACAUUACGACUUGUUUUAUGUCGAGCAAAAUAAAUUGUAGAAACCAACAAACAAACACGGCAAUUGAAAAUCCUGCCUAUUUCCCUUGGGUGAAUGGCUGUUGUGGGCAGGACUUGUGUGAUGUUUUGUUUCGUGGCAUUUGUGCUGACUACUGUAUAGUACAUUGACAUAGGUUACUCUAGCUGAUUUUGUCAAUGUGAGCAUUGAAAGUAUUAUAUUUUUAUAAAAAUGUUUAUUUUUAAUGAUAGAAAAAAUUUUGUUAGGCCAUAAAAUACUGCACUGUGAACAUUUCAGAGAAGGUAUGUCAGACUCGGAUCCAUAUCAGCAUGAUUGCAAAUGACUGUAAAUAGUGAUAAGGAAACAUACUGAGUGCCAGUACUCCCCACCCUCAUUACCUCAGCAGGACCUGAAGCCAAGGGUUAGGGGAGCAGCGACAACCAGGGUGUGUUACACUGAAACCCAAUAGUUGAGCUUGUAGUUGCAGGAAAAUGAUGGCACCCGAAAGCCCUUCGGCAGUGGUGGGCCACAGGAGGAGCUGUGCUGCAGAAGUACUUCAGUGCAGACAGUACUGCUUCAUUAGUGUGAAGAGUAACACCAAUUCACAAGUAUUGGAAGUGGUGCGUUACCAAAAACGUCUGCUCUGCAGAGAGAAGUGCCCGUCUGUGUAAAUCGAGAGAGUGUACGUUACCAGGCACUGAGGGAGCUGGGAAAACAGCCCAUCACCAGCACUGCGCGCUUGUGCACACAAGCUUGAGAGAGCUGCAACGUGGAAAUCGUGUUUGCUAUUUAUGAAAAUGUCCUUAGGUUGACGUGUGUGAAAAAAUUGUGGGAGUAAGUGAUGCUCCUAAGAAUUAGAUACUUGUCAGUGCCUAUACCUGCAGUUCAGCUGAAUGGUACUUUGUAUGUUAAUAGUUGUUGUUCUGAUAGAUCCUACGGUUAAAAUAAAGCGAUGUUACAUGUUGUACACCGA